GUCCAGGGAUUUCCUCUAAUAUGUUGGAUAAAGCCAAGACACUCCAGCCUGCCUAUGUCGGGAUUGUGCCGCUUGCAGAGACUGUGUCAAAGCAAGGGAAGAGCUGUUCAAGCACAUAUCAGGAUUCAUACCACAGCUUACGAGAAGUGCUGCAGUUGAAGCUCCAGCAGCGACGAACAAGGGAGGAGCUGGUGAGCCAAGGGAUCAUGCCGCCUCUGAAAAGUCCAGCUGCAUUUCAUGAACAAAGAAGGAGUUUGGAGCGGGCCAGGACAGAGGAUUAUCUGAAACGGAAAAUCCGGUCCCGGCCAGAGAGAUCAGAGCUGGUUAGGAUGCACAUUCUGGAAGAGACCUCAGCUGAACCCUCCUUGCAGGCUAAGCAGCUGAAGCUAAAGAGAGCCAGACUGGCAGAUGACCUAAAUGAGAAGAUAGCGCAGAGGCCAGGUCCCAUGGAGCUGGUGGAGAAGAACAUCUUGCCUGUAGAAUCGAGCCUGAAGGAAGCCAUUAUUGUUGGACAGGUGAACUACCCAAAGGUUGCAGACAAUUCCUCCUUUGAUGAGGACAGCAGUGAUGCCCUCUCCCCAGAACAGCCAGCCAGCCAUGAGUCCCAGGGGUCUGUCCCAUCACCAAUGGACUCCCGGAUUUGUGAGCCUCUUCCUAGCACCACUGGCACAUCACUAGCUCAGGGUACAUCCCAAUUGCAGAUUAGUGCAGACUCCAGUGAAACACUUUUCCUACCUGAACAGCCACCCCCGCCUCUGCCACCACCACCCCUUCUGCCCCCUAGUCUUACCAACGGAGCAGCUCUUACUGCUGCCAAGCCCCCACCAACACUCAUUAAGCAAAGCCAGCCCAAGUCUGCUAGUGAGAAGUCUCAGCGCAGUAAAAAAGCCAAGGAGUUGAAGCCGAAAGUCAAGAAGCUUAAAUAUCAUCAGUAUAUUCCCCCGGACCAAAAGCAGGACAAGGGAGCUCCUCCCAUGGAUUCAUCCUAUGCCAAAAUACUGCAGCAGCAGCAGCUCUUUCUUCAGCUUCAGAUCCUCAACCAGCAGCAGCAGCACUACAACUAUCAGACCAUCCUGCCAGCCCCACCAAAGCCACCAGGAGAGCAGCAGAGUGGUGCCAGUGCCCCUGCUGUACGCAAUCUCUCUGCCACAGUCAGCAGUGCAUCUUCAGUAUCCCCUGGUUCCAGUGGCCUGAUGCGACAGAACAGUAAUGCUGCGGUGGGCAAGCCUGGACCUCUCCCUGUCAACCUAGAUGAGAUGAAGGUAGCAGAGCUGAAGCAAGAGUUGAAAUUGAGGGCCUUGCCUGUCUCGGGCACAAAGACAGACCUGAUUGAGCGUCUCAGAGCUUACCAAGACCAGAACGGUGCAGCCGGCCAAACAACCUCCACUCCCAAGCCCAGCACAGCAGCCGUCCUCCCAAAAGCUGCUGAAGUGGUGGUAGCCUUCCCAGCUGCCAGGCUGAGCACGGGGCCAGCCCUGGUCACCACUGGCAUUGCACCAGCAGAAGUAGUUGUGGCCACAGUCACUGGUGGCGGUGUGAUGAAGUUCGGCAGCACAGGUUCGACUCCUCCUGUUUCUCCAACUCCUUCUGAGCGCUCACAGAUGAGCACAGGGGAUGAGAACUCAGCCACUGGAGACACCUUUGGAGAGAUGGUGACUUCACCCCUGACCCAGCUCACCUUGCAGGCGUCUCCUGUGCAGUUCCUGGUGAAGGAAGAAAGCUCCAAGUCUGCCUCCUGCAGCAUAAAUGCCAUACCCAGGUCGGAGCGGUGUAGCAGUGGUAACAGCAGAGAUGCAGAAGUUAGGGACAAAGACCAGAUGCUGCAGGAGAAGGACAAGCAGAUCGAGGAACUCACCCGCAUGCUAAAGCAGAAGCAGCAGCUGGUUGAGAUGCUUAGACUACAGCUAGAGCAGGAGAAGCGCUCUCAGCAGUCACUACCAGCCCCAGCGGCUGCAGGAGAAGGAACAGCCCUUGCCUCCAACCCAGUAGCAUUUGGCACCCAGGUCAAGAGUGAAAACGGUUUCCUGAGUUGCCAGUCUGCAAAGCAAUCCAGUGGCCAAACAGACCAAUUCAGCCCUGCACCAACUGCUAGCCAAAUGGACACUUCAAAUCCAAGCCCAGUGCCAAAGAAAGCUGUGAUAGUGAAGCAGGAGGUGCCAGCUGCGGAAGCAGAGCUACCGUGCCAGGCCCACAGCCCGCGGCUUUUCCUUGGCCAGAAAGGGAGUGCCCUGAGUGACCUCAUCAAGGGCACCCCUCCCCCCACCCUCAUCACCGACUCCACAGGGACCCACAUCGUCCUCACCGUGACCAAGCAGAGUGCUGAGAGGCAGGGCCUCUCGCCCCAUGGGAAGGCAGGGAGUAGCUGCCCAGCCUUGCAGAGAGUACAAUCAUCGCCCGCUAAAACUUCCAGCCAACCACCGUGUCAGCUACCUGCAAGCACCCCUCAGCAGCCCACGCAGCAGCAGAAGCAGCAGCCCGUGCAGAAGCAGCAGCAGCCCCUGCAGCAGCAUCCACCCAGAGGACGAAACCAAUCUGUCAGAAAGCCCUCAUCACAGCCUGGCUCUCCUGCUGCCCCUUCCCCAUCCCAGAUGGACCUGGAGCAGCAACAGCAGGUAUCGCUUUUUGGAACGCCUCCACCUCCUCUCCCUGUUCCCUCGGUCCCAAUGAAAGAGCCACCAGGCUACGAAGAGGCCAUGAAGCAACAGCCAAAGGCCCAGGAGAAUGGCUGUUCCAGCCAGCAGAUGGAUGACCUGUUUGACAUUCUCAUUGAAAGUGGAGAGAUUUCUGCUGACUUCAAGGAUCAGUCGUCCCCAGCUGGGAAGGAGCCACCCGUGGCCCCAGCCUGUUCCCCCCCGCCCGGCAGCCACCAUUCCUCAGAGCUGGCGGUGCCCGUGUCCCUGGGGCAGCCAGUGCCUGUGGGCCGGCUGGAGGACUUCCUGGAGAGCAGCACUGGCCUCCCGCUGCUGACGGCAGGCCACGAUGGGCCAGAGCCCCUGUCCCUGAUUGAUGACCUCCACAGUGAGAUGCUGAGCAGUUCGGCCAUCCUGGACCACCCGCCUUCACCUAUGGACACCUCAGAAUUGCACUUUGCUCAUGAGCCGUCUGGGGGCAUAGCCCUGGAUCUGGCAGAGGCUAAUUUGGACAGCAUGGACUGGCUGGAGCUGCCAGGGGGGCCUGUCAUGAGCCUGGCUCCCCUCAGCACUGCGGCUCCCAGCCUCUUUUCCACAGACUUCCUUGAUGGACACGAUCUGCAGCUGCACUGGGAUUCUUGCUUGUAACUCUGUGAGCAGAGACCGAAGGGAAUGGGAGUGGGACGGGACAGGCAUGCAAGGGGAAGAGGCCAGUCAACCAAAAAAAAAAAACAAAAAAACCAAACAAAACAAAAAAAGAAAUGAGCUCCCUAGUAUUUGUGCUCCUCCCCCAACAGUGUCCUUCCUGCAUGAAGCCACAGUGGUGGCAGAGGCUGACCCAUUGCCCAAGUCACUGCUGCCUGGGCAGCGGGCCAGGCCAGGGCAGGGAGAACGGCUGCUGGGUGGGGGGAAGGCUGCAGGAGCUCUGAGGCUGGUGGCCGCCUGCCCGCUCUGUGCAGCCUGCCCCAGCCCACGGGAGGAUGGAGGCAGCAGCCCCUCUUCCUCCUGCAGAAGCAGCGAUGGCAGCGGUGGGCGUGGUGCCACCAGGCAGGCGUUCCCUCGUGUCUCACAGCGGGUCGGAGCGGGACUGGCCCUGAGCCCUUCUGCAAAGCGGCACCCCCCACCUUGUGGGAUUGGCGAGUAAAGGGGGUUGUGUCAGUUCAAGGGUUGCAGAAGGAGAUUCUAUCUCCGGAGCAGGACCCUGAGGCAGGAGCACUGGCUGGGGGCCCCAACCCUCUGCACCACCUGCCCUCUGUCAGGGGAGGGCCUGAUCCGUGUCCAGGUUGCGAGGAGCUGGGCAGAACAGGCAUCUUUACCAAAUGUCGCCAAAGGGAACCAGGGUUCCCCACCAACCUGGUAAUGUCUAAGCUGGUUUCCCAAAUAUUGCUGAGCUUGGCAGAGGCCUUGCCUGCUUGCUUUUACUUGCUUUGGGCUGCAAAACUGAUUCUUAAGGUGCUAAAAUCCGGAGCCUUAGAUGUUAAACCUGUCCUUCACUGCCCCAGAGCCCUGGCUGUGCCUGGCAGUGAGCCUUGAGGCACACCCCCUCCUCCCCAGCUUCCACAGGUACCCCGGGGUGAGCAGGGCAGGCAGCCGGGGUGGGGGUCAGGGACAAGAAAGCAUCCAUGUGUCCUGGGGAGCGUGUGAGGAGCACAGUCAGCCAGGAGCCACAUAUCAUUAGGGGCCAUGUGCAAUCUGUCCCCAGCUGUGCUGUUGCCUCCCUGGAGUGGUUGCCCCAGGGGAAAGAACAUCAGCCCCAACAGGCAAGGGGGGUGAAGCCACAUUGGCAAAAGGGGUAUUGUGUGGCACAACACAGCUCCUAGCUUGGUAGUGUGACGGUGAGGGCACCUUUCUGGGGACAAGUGGGACCCCAAAAGCAAGUAAGGGGCAGCAGCUGACCUCUGCUCUUCCCUCCAGGCCCACGGGGUACCAGGCAAAAGCAAAGGGCUGCUUCCUGGGAGCCGUGGCCCUGUGGGCAAUGAGUAUCCCAAACCCUCAGCAUCAGGGUGCUGUUGUUCCUUGGGCAGGGUUUUGUGUUGGAAACCCAGGCCUAGGGCUCGCUCUCCUGCCGUUACUCCUGUCCCCUUUAAAUCCCUGCAUCUGUUAGUAGUAGCUCACAGCCAUAUUCACCCAGUGGCCACCUCACCUCACAGCUCUCCCUCCUUCAGCCCCGAGCUGGUCCUGCCCGCUCAGGCUGAGGGAGGUGGGACAGGGCUGGAGGCAGCGGCUCUAGAAAUCAAAGGUGCUGACCCUGCUCAGGGUCAGGGCAAAUUGCCAUCCUUUUUUAGUGUCUCCUCCAGGAUGCUGUGCCCACCUUUCCCUGCACUGGGCUGCAGUGCUGCCUGCUGGGAAGGGGUAGGUGUGGGUGGGCAGAGGCUGCUCCCCUGCCCCUUUGGUACCUGCUGCUCUUCUCAGAGGCAGCCUUGCCACAUGGGUGCUCCACAGCCGGGCUGGGGGUGCCAGCCCUGCACAGCAGGUGGUCUGCCAACCACUGAACUGGCAGCCAAGUGGGGUCACGCCUGUUUUGCAGCUGAAAUUCCUAAUUUCCUGAGCCUUAUUUGAUUCUUAACUGCAUAGGGAGCCACUUUCUUAAUCAUUUGAAGGGGGAGCCUGCUGGCAGCUUCCUUCCUUCCUGCCCCCUUCUCCUCCCCCAGAUUGUACUCAAGUCAGAGCCUCUUAUCUGUGUCCCUCAGUGUCCACACUGGUGAGGAUAUGCCCUUCCUCCACCCCACCGGCUUUCUGUUGCCCAAGCUACAGUGUUGUGUCCUGAACAUGAGAAUAACUGGGACUGGUGGACACCCCCUUCACCCCCCACUUCUCUCCCAGUGAAGCCCUGGUGCUCACUGGGAGCAGUUGCCUUACAGAGCUUCCCCAGGGCAGCUGCCCAGCCCUCAGGCCUGGUGGGCACAGGAAGCAGGGGGCUCUUAGGGGCAAAGUAUGGGCGAAGGAUGAUCUUUCAAAAGCUAAGGGAAAAAAGCAAGGCCACCUAUUUGUCAAACUCAGGCAAAAUCAGCUUCUUUUACCCACUGUGAACAGUAGCCCCCACAAAAACCAGCUGUGUGAUUUCUUUUGUACCAAUAAUUACAGAGCUGCAACCAGUAAAUAAGGAAUGAAAAUAUCUAAGUGCAAUGAGCUCUGAGGAGAAGGUGGAAGCACCCUCCCUGCAGUCCUGGCCUGAACCCAGCCCUGGGCCAGGCCCCCCAAGUCGUCAUUGGCAGAGAGAGGCCAAUGCCUGUUAUGGAUCUCCCCCUUCCCAGGGGUUGCUGGUGAAAGGCUGAGCUCACAGCUGCUCCCUUUCACCUUUACCCACCCACCCUCAUUUGUAAAACUGUAGGAAUUUAAUUACAUUAAAUUUGCCCAACAUACUUGAAAUUGGUUGAUGGGCUUGACCAUCAGAUUCAAGACAGAAUCCUGAGCUUCACCUCCUGAGGAACCCAGUGAACCUGCCUGAGCCCCUCGGCACAAGGGGCUUCUGCCAGGAGAGCCAGCGAUAACUCUGUGCCCGGGGCAGAGGGAAGACGGUGCCUCAUCCCAGGAAAUAUUAGAAAGUCUUUUCUCCAAGCAGUGCCCAGAGGAGGCUAGCCCGGUUCUCUGCUUUCUUACUAUUAUUUGUUUGAAUAAUAGUUCAGUAGUUCUUUGUUGGAAGAGGUAUUCCCCUGGACAUACAUUUUUGCACCCAUUGGGAAAAACAAAGUCUGAUGUUCUGCCUCUACCUUGAAUGUAAUCCUGAAUCUUUCUGCUGUAACCACUACUUGUUUGUAAUGUGUAUUUGACUAGCACGCACUCUCCCUUCCGCUAUGCAGCAAACAGCGAGGGGCGAUCAGCACCAUCAGAGCCGGAUGGUGUUGGGGCAUCGGAUCCAGAGCGAGUAUUCAACUGGAAAAGGAUACAAGUGACAAGUUAAUGGGGGAGAGAAUGGAUCUUUAAAUUGAAUUAUUUUUUCAGUUACAAAUAUUUGAAAAAAAUCCAUUUUAUUAAAAAAAUUCCAAA